UUAUUUCAGAUUUGAUAAAAUGAAAGCUUAACUACUGUGUAUAUUUCUGUGAAAUAUAUACAGCUCAUAGUUUUAGCUUAAUUAGGCUUUAUGCUCCUGUUGCUUUUCAAAACAGAGGGAGUCGCCCGAUAGCGUAUGUGGUAAAUGGCGCCGGUUAUACACGGCAGGACCGGCUAUCAAAUCCUUUCCAGACCAUUCCUCCGUAGCAAGGAUUAAUUGUUCAACUACGAGGUCUAGUUGUCUAGUAUAGAAAUAUGUCUAGUAAACCAGAAAUGUCAAAAGAACCAGAAAUGUUAAGCCCAGAAGAGAGCGAGAGAGCUUUCAAAAAUAUCAUAGGUAAAGAUUAUUAUCUAAUGUUAAAUUAAACUCUUAUUUGUAUGUCUUCAAGAUUCGAUACGUAACUAUAAUAAUACUAUUUAUCAGUUCAUAUCGCUACAGUUUUAUCGCAAAGAAAAGGCGGAACUGUUUAUCAAUUUUAUCGUUCCACAAAUUGGUCACAGUUAUGGUACAGGACGUUUUCAAUUCCGUCCUCUCGGGAGGACACACAAGCUCUUCAAGAGUCGAUUAACUUAUCACCCAUACACGGUACAGUCGAUUAAAAUUAAAAGUGCAUACAUGCAAACUUCAGCAAAUCCGGAACAGCUAACACAGCAUCAAGUUGUCCAUUUCUCACGCUCGAUUUUCAUCACGAUCUCAUCCAAUCGGACCACUGUUUUCGACGGAUUAACAGACAACAGAAUGUAGUGGAAGAAAAAAAAACAAAACUCCCUCUCGACUGCACCGAACCAGUUCGGCGGGGGUUCAAUUGUGAGCAAGCUUUCUUACAUUCGGUGGCAUCGGUUCCGCGUCACAAAUCGAUUGUAACAGAGCGCUAAUUAAAUUACUGUAACUACUACCGAAAGCAAUGGGGUUGCCUUUCUCUCACCCUCGCCAGGAUCGGGCGACUUCAAUGCGAUACAAUAAUUUCUUUUCGGUUUUGUUUUUAUGUAACGCGUCUGCCGCUGUGGUACGAUCGGCACUGGAAGCUUACUUCGGCUCAAAUAUCGGGAGCUUGAUGUUGGACCGUAGUGAGAUUACUUACGAUUAGCUUAACUCUGCAGGGCUUAGUUGAGGGCUCUUAGCCGUGCUCUUUCUCCCGGUCGAUUAACCGUUUUCACCCUUUAAGACGACGUUUCGUUGUAUAUAAAGUGGUUUCAAGUGGUACAGUCAGUACCAUUCAAUCGAUAGCGAUCGAACAAUAGACAUCCUGGUAUACGGGUACAGAGAGUGUUCAGUGUUGCAGUGUUUCAGUGCAAGUGUUUGAAGAAAAAUGUUCCAAUUUGUUAGCUGCUUUGCCCUGGUAGCCAUUGCUACGGCUGCCUACGUCCCAUCCGGCCAUUUCAGCUCGAAGUAUGCUACCAGGAAAGUUUUCCCUCAUGUUGCCGAGGACGAACCGAAGGCUGCACCGAUGGAGCAUCAUCAUGCGCAUCAUCAUCACGAAGAACAGGACCAUUUCGUCGACUAUUAUGCACCCAUCAACUACAAGUUUGAGUACGGCGUUAAGGAUCCACAUACCGGCGAUCAUAAGACGCACUGGGAGGAACGUGAUGGAGAUGUGGUAAAAGGUGCUUAUACCGUUCUCGAUGCUGACGGUAGCUCCCGGUUGGUGGAGUAUACGGCUGAUCCUCACCAUGGGUUCAAUGCGGUGGUAAAGAAGAUCGAACAUUCACACAUCCCGAAAAAGGAACACCAUGUAACGCCGGCACAUGAAGAAUCCCAGGAGGAGCAUCACCAUCAUCAGGCUGAUGAGCAGGUGUCGCAUAAACAUCAGCACCACUAUCACUACCAGGCCCCUGAACAUCAUGGGUAUGGGCAUGGCAAGGGCUACUAAGGAGGAAUGUUCUUCAAUAUCUGCAGCAUCCUGACCCUGUGUACCUGAUAAAGGGUUGUAGUUUGUUUGUAAGCGUGAACUGUAACUGUAUUUGUACUGGUUUCCAAAUACACCCAAAGACUGUAAAACACAUUUCAUACAAUCACGUGGUAAGUGUUCAUUAUUUUAAAAAAUCCCUGUACAGCGGUUAAAGUUUAAAAAUUUUCAAGGAAAAAAUAGUUGGAUCAA